AUGGCUCAAGAAGACCAUGUUCCUGAUAGUGCCGACUCCUCGAUCACGGUCACUGCUAAUAGCCCCGACCCUGCGACCUCGACCCCAACUCCGCCUCCGCCCCCACUCCCACCUCGGCCCCGCCAACCAACGUCGCCCGGGAGCAAUACCGAGACGUCAAAAUUACAGUCCGGUCCGACUACCGCGAUAACUCCCAUCGAUAUUCAAACCCUCUCGUUUCCCGAUGGUUCUCGCGGUACUUUCUCCACCCCCGGAAUGCGGGCUGUCUCGACUCCUGCGCCGACGUCUCCCAGCGGCUACUCAACGCCCGCUAGCAACAUUGGCGGCCUCGACGAUGCCAUGAGCGUCAUGAGCUUCGCGCCGACGCUCAAGCCCCCCGGUGAUUUGGCCAGCUUGAUUGAGGGAGAGAUCAACCGCAAGAGCCGCGCCUGGCAGCUGCUGAGGUCACAGUCGGCCAGUGUGCAACCGUUUGAGGCCAGAGGCCCGAAUUCCGCGCUUCCGAUGGAUCAAUUGACUGGCUUUGAACAUGAGUUCGACGACGUCAACUCCACCAAUGCACUGGCAGAUUCUACAACGGGCUCGGAGGAUGAGGAACGUUUGCGGCUAUGGAAGGCCAAGUUGAAGCAUUACAUGAUUCUAUCGUCGGCCGGAAAGCCGAUCUGGAGCAGGCAUGGUGACUUGAGCUUAAUCAACUCAUACAUGGGAGUCGUCCAAACCAUCAUCUCUUUCUACGAGGGCGCUAAAGACCCGCUACAGGGUUUCACGGCUGGUGAUGCCCGCUUCGUGAUAUGCACCCAGGGGCCCUUGUAUUUCGUUGCCAUCAGCCGCCUAGGCGAGAGCGACUUGCAGCUGCGGGCUCAGCUCGACGCUCUAUAUAUGCAGAUUCUUUCCACCCUGACGCUGCCGACGUUGACCAACAUCUUCGUCAACCGGCCCUCUUCCGACCUCCGCAAACCCCUCCAGGGCACUGAGUCGCUUCUCUCGGCGCUGGCAGACAGCUUUACAAAAGGGUCUCCAUCCGCUAUGCUUGGCGCUCUUGAGUGCCUAAAGCUCCGCAAGUCCCACCGACGCGCCAUCAACAACGCAUUCCUCAAACAACGCUCUGAAAAGAUUCUUUACGGGUUAAUAGUCGCCGGCGGGAAGCUUGUCAGCGUCAUCCGCCCCCGCCGCCACUCGCUGCACCCUUCCGACCUGGAGCUCAUCUUCAACAUGCUUUUCGAAUCAGACGGAAUCCAGGCUGGUGGCGGUGAGAACUGGAUCCCGCUCUGCCUGCCUGCCUUCAACAACAGAGGCUAUCUAUACAUGUAUGUCAGCUUUUUUGAUGACAAGGAUCUCGACCCCACGCCAGUUCCCGAGGCAGGAUCACCACCCCUACCGACCCAAGAUGAAAUCGCCAUCGUCCUCAUCAGUCCCGACAAGGAGUCCUUCUUCGAGCUCAAGGACAUGCGCGACAGGGUAGCAGAGACGCUAACCAAGAAUGGUGCCCUGACACUUAUCCGGGCUGCUACCGCCGCGGGCCGGCCACGCGUCGAAGCAGUCGCCGGGCCCGCGGCUGGCGGCCAGAUCGCCCACUUCCUGUACAAGUCACGCGCCAACGUCCAGCUGGUGGCCUCAUCGUUCGACGAGCCCAGGUUCAACAUGGUCACACGGCGCCGCCUCAUGACGCUGUACCACGGCCUCCACUCCGCCGUGCACGCCCGCUAUGCGCACUCGAGGGUGCUGCACCGCGCCGCCGCCGAUUCGGUCAGCCUGGCAUGGAUCACGCCGGCCUUUGAGUUCUACUGCGUCGCCGGCCCUAACGCCUCGCGUGCCGUCAUGACCCAGGGCGCAAACAAAAUUGUGCAAUGGGUCAAGCGUGAAGAGGAGCGGCUGUUUAUUGUCGGCGGUGGCGUCUUUUGA